AUGGCAGGCAAGAAGGUCGUUGUGGUUGGACAUGGCCCCAUUGGUCAUGCCUUCAUUGAGAAACUGGCUGAGAGGGAGGCCGGGUUCGAAAUCACAGUGGUUUGCGAGGAGCCUCGUCCAGCAUACAAUCGCGUCAUGCUGACACAGUACUUCUUGGACUGCGAUGGCGACAAGCAUGACCAAAUGAAGUUGUCGUAUUGGAGCGAGGAGGACUUGAAGAGCAAGAAUGUGAAGCUUGUCUAUGGUCGUGCAACCAGUAUUGACCGUGACAACAAGUCCGUUUCAUACUCCAAGGUCAGCCACGGUGGAAGCUCUGUCGAUGAAGAUACAGACUCAUUGCAGUACGACAUCCUGGUGCUUUGCACUGGCAGCUUCUGCUUCGUUCCACCAACUCCCGGCUUCGUUUUGCCAGAGAAGAAGAACCCCCAGUGGCCGGAUGACCCAGCUUCUCGCCCUGAAGGUGUCUUCGUGUACAGGACGAUCGAAGAUCUUGAAGCACUCAUCGCUGCAGCAAAGAACUCCAAGCGAGCAGCUGUGAUUGGAGGCGGUCUCUUGGGCCUCGAGGCUGCAAAGGCUGUGUAUGAUCUCGAGAUGGAAAGCCACGUCGUGGAGAUGGCCCCGUACCUCAUGCCUACGCAGCUCAACCAGGAAGGUGGCAAAGCUUUGGAGAGGAAGAUAAGCAGCCUUGGCAUCCAUGUGCACAGUGGAGCCAAGAUCCAAGAGGCUGUCCUGGAUGGUGGCAAGGUCAAGGGCUUGAAAUUCAUUCCCAAUGGCGAAACCGAGCCCAUCGUUUUGGAC